AUGUGGUCCGGUCACAACGGCAGUGGUGUAGGGAGCGGACCAGGGUGGGCGUAUGAUGGCCCGAUGUGGUCCAGUCAGGACGGCAGUGGUGUCGGGAGUGGACCAGGGUCGGCGUGUGAUGGCCCGAUGAGGUCCAGUCAGGACGGCAGUGGUGUAGGAAGUGGACCAGCGUUGGCAUAUGGUGGCCCGAUGUGGUCUAGUCAGGACGGCAGUGGUGUAGGAAGUGGACCAGGGUCGGCGUAUGGUGGCCCGAUGAGGUCCAGUCAGGACGGCAGUGGUGUAGGAAACGGACCAGGGUCGGCGUAUGAUGGCCCGAUGAGGUCCAGUCAGGACGGCAUUGGUGUAGGGAGUGGACCAGGGUUAGCGUAUGGUGGCCCGAUGUGGUCUAGUCAGGACGGCAGUGGUGUAGGGAGUGGACCAGGGUUGGCGUAUGGUGGCCCGAUGUGGUCCAGUCAGGAUGGCAGUGGUGUAGGAAAUGGACCAUGGUCGGCGUAUGAUGUCCCGAUGUGGUCCAGUCAGGACGGCAUUGGUGUAGGGAGUGGACCAGGGUUAGCGUAUGGUGGCCCGAUGUGGUCUAGUCAGGACGGCAGUGGUGUAGGGAGUGGACCAGGGUUGGCGUAUGGUGGCCCGAUGUGGUCCAGUCAGGAUGGCAGUGGUGUAGGGAGUGGACCAGGGUUGGCGUAUGAUGGUCCGAUGUGGUCCAGUCAGGACGGCAAGGUGUAG